AAUCGUCCCCUAUUCUCUUUCCUUUUUCAUCCGUUAUUUUGAUUUACCUUGGUUACAUCACCUCCACCAGGACCCGCCCUAAAGAAAAGUUUUAGACACUUCCAGAAACCGUUGGAACUUGGAACCUACACACUCUGAGACCGAUACAAAAAUUUACAAGCAAAAAAUAAAAACCAACUUGCUUUAGCUGGUAGCUCCCAAAAUCACAGCAAUAAGGAUGGCAGAAAACAAAGCCAGAAGAACGAUCAAGCUGUUCUGCCCAUCAGUGGCAAAGACGGUGUCGUUGUUGGUAUGGGAGGAGCAGAGGCUGGACUUGGGCUCCAUAGCCAGAACGUUUGGGCUGGACCCACCAACCCUGAAGCUCAACGGUCACUUUAUCAGCAGAGGGCUCGACCUCAUCGCCUCCUCAGUCACCUGGAAGUCCCUCCUUUCUUUCUUCUCUGCUAAAGGACUCUCAACAGGGGAAAACGACAGCAGCCCCAUUGUCGUUGAUGGCAAGCUCUGCAAAGUUGGCACCAAGCGAGGACAUGAACUACACCAGGUUGUUGAUAACAGAGGAAGGGCAGCUUUUGAAGAUGACAGCUUGCUGAUCAAGAGUAAAAAGAUGAGGACAAGCAACCCAGGUACAUCAACUGAAAGCAAUGGCAGAAUUGGUAUUUGCUCUUCCAAGAGAAAGCAAUUGUUAGAAGAUGUAAACUUGCUCAAAAAGCUAAAAAUAAGUGAAACUAACCCAGAUAUCCAAGGAAGAAGUAGAAGCCAGUCCAGCAGCAUCUCAGGUGCCCAACUUAGAUGCAGUUAUAUGAGGGAGAAGAUGAAGAGGAAGAGAGAAGAUGAGGCAGUCGUGUCUGCUCCUUGCAAAGAGAUUUUAUGAAGCUUCUCAUGUUUGUUUUCAUUUUUAUUUUUCUUGGUUCUCCUUUUUCUUUCAUAGUUUGGUUUAGUUUUUAUGCGACUUGAUUUAACUUGUAAAUGAUGAGUAUAAUGUAAGAACAAUGAAAAGACUUUUGGUUUGGCAACCUAAUUCCAGCA